AAACACAUCAAAGCCAAAACCAAUCUCCAUAUUCACAGCACCUCUGGCCUACCCAAACCCAUUUUCGCAUACACGCAUAAACCCACUGCAGUCGUCCGCGUAGAGACAACCUUCAUCACGAUGAUUUCCAAGUACUUUUCAACCGAUGACGGGACCAAGUUGCACUACCUUGAAGCAGGUCAACGGACGCAAGCGCAACAAGAAGGGCAGCCGCCUGUGGAAACACUAAUUAUCUUACCGGGUUGGCUGCAGACUGCUCGAAUGUUUGCAUCGCAAGUUACGGCAUUGUCAACGAGUCAUCACGUGAUUGUGCUGGACCUGCGUGGGCAAGGGGCUUCCGCCAGACCGCAGUCGGGAUCCUACCGGGCAAUACGUCUCGCCAAGGAUCUGCUUAAUUUGAUGGAUCACCUUCAGGUGCAAAAGACUCAUCUCCUCGCCGUCUCGCUGAGCUCCGCCAUUGUUUGGUCCUUCAUUGAACUGUUUGGACAAGAGCGCUUGCAGUCGUUGGUCUUGAUCGAGUCCGCAGCUGUCUACAUUAAGCAGUCGCACUGGUCGAAGGAAGAUCUCCGCAACUACGGAGGUCAGCAGACUAUGGAAGAGUUCCGAGACAUGCUGACUCGGAUGGAAUCCUCCACCGACGGCGAGGCCUACGUACGUGACUGCCUGCAAGACCGUCUUUCGACAAAGAUGAAUUCGGAAGACUUUGAAGCGCUCUUGCAGGAAGUGCUCCAGUGUCGUCCAGUCGACGGGAUUGGGAACAAGCUCGCGCUCGGUUUGGUUGCCGAAGACUACCGUGACUUGUUGCCUACCGUCAGGGUGCCCACGAUGUGUAUCGGUGCUAAUCACAGUCCAAUUCCUCCCGAAUCACCCUCUUGGACGGCGGCCCAAAUGGUGGACGCCAAGUGUGACUUUUUACCCGGAUCCAGUUUUUUCUUCUACGAAACUCCCGGAGCUUUGAACGUGGUGGUGGACGAAUUCUUAGUGACACACCGAGAGAAACAGGUCAGGUCCAGCGACAGCAAGGACGACGAUAGCAGACCGACAUUGAAAACGGCGUCACCCAAAACACGUCACCACGUCCGUGUCUCGUUUGGAGAAGGAACCAGUCCACCGGUACCGUGCAAGAAAGUCUUCGUCGCCGACACGGAAGUUCACAUCGCUACACCGGAAGAACAGAAGCAUUUGCGACAAAUUUCGCUGAGUGAAGUCAAUCUAGUUCCGGACGACUGGUUUUAGAACAAGGCAAGGGAAAAAAAAUCACUUCACUUGCCAUUAACGGAUCUACUCAGCACAUUCUGGGCUCUUUUCCAGCUUGCUUUGUUGGAAGAGUCUCUUGCGUUCUGACCUCUUUACUAUUAUUCCAUGCUACAUCAUAUUCACUCGCGUGCACUCUCAUUACUUUCCCAUCCUGCUCUAACGCAGCCUAACAUUCAACAUUUCUUUAAAUUACAAUAACACGAUUGUUCAACAAGCCU